CUCUCUCAUUUCUCCAUUACUUGAUGGACCAGUCAUACACACCUAAUGGUGGUUUCGACGGAGUGCAUUACGAGUCCGGCGGUGGCAACGUGGAGUAUUCGUCGGCGAAGCAAAUGACGACUCCUCCUCCCAGGUACGUUGCCGCCGGAUCUCCGACGUCAACGUUGUUCACGAUCGGCCUUGUCCUCCGCGGCCUCGUCAUCGUGCUGACUUUCAUAUCGACGGUGGUGAUGGGCGUUGCCAGGGAGAGGGAGAAUAUCGCCGUCGUCGUCAACUAUGACCCUAUCAUCGGCGCCACGGUCUACAAUGGACCCUACACGACCAAGUCAACCUACUCCUCUGCCUUCGUAUACUUCUUGGUGGCGAACCCGGUGGUGUUCGUCUACUCGGUGGCCUCGCUGGCGACGGCGAUCCUGAACAGAGCCGAGUUGAGCGGCGUGCAGUUGCUGCUGACGGUCGGCGACGUGGCGGCGGCGGCUCUGCUUCUCUCGGCGAACGGGGCGGCCGCCGCGAUCAGCGUGGUGCUGGCGAACGGGCAGGUGAAGCUGGCGGGAUGGACGAAGAUAUGCCAUGUCUACGGCGGGUUCUGCAGCCGAGUCAACGUCGCCGUCGGGCUCUCCACUGUCGCCGCCGCCGCCUACGUGCUGCUGGUGGUUUUCGGGGCCGUCAACCUACGUAGAUCUAAAUAAUUAAUUAAUUAUUUGUUGUAUUAAAAUUAAUCAUUGUGGUUUGUUUUGUGAAGGUAGUUAAUGGUUGACGAUGAAUAAAUAAUG